AUGACCAUGAACGGUGACCACCAGUCGGUUGCCACGGCACCGCUGGAUUUACGCACCACAACCCGGGAGCGUGGGAGCUCCGGUGCGAGGAGUCCGGAUUGCAAAGGUCACGUAAGGGACGCCCGGGUGACAGGCGGCUCACCUGCACCUCCUGCGUGCACGGGGACGGACAGUUUGCAAACACGCUGCCCUGCUGUCAGAGACGCGCACCGGUCAAAAAACGGCACCGACCGUAAGCGACCGGCGGACGAAUCUUCCCUCAGGCUUCCUUUUAGGAAACGCCGGAUUCUUGUAGAGCCGGAGACCCAGAGUCAGUCACCGGCUCCUACAGAGAGAGGAGACCGAGUUCCCCCCGUGGUCGAGACAGACUUUACAUCCCGGGUUCGUCGUUUGGAAAGAGUAGCGGAUGAUGGCAGGAUCAGCGCUGGACCACUGACUUCCAGUUGGCGUCAUGAUGCUCGACAGAGUCUUGAUGGCUAUCCCGUCCGAUUUUUGCAGCCUUUUGAAUACAGUAAGUGUUUAUUAACAUUUUAAACAACAAUAUGCAAUACGUCCCCCUAUCUCAGAAAACAGGAAUGUUUUAUUAUCUUCAUAAACCAUUAAAUAACUGUUGUAAUAAAUGUAGUUACUUUAGAGUAGCCACAAAAAUCAGGAUCUUCUGACAUACUUUAAGGAACAUAUUUGUCAACUCUGAUGAAUUCUAAGACUGUUUUAGCUGAUGGAGUGUGUCAAAACCCUCAGGGACUGUAAUUUUCCAAUUAUUUCAUGGACAGAUGUGGGAUUUUAAAUCUGAAAACAGAACUUACAGAUGACUAUUUGUCACUGCUGUGUCACAGAUGGAUGAAAAGAAAGAGGUGUCACGAUUGAUGCAGCACUUUUCUGAAACGAUCAGAAAGUGUCCAGUCAGCAUCUCUGCGAUUGUUAUGUGUCAGUCUCCUGCACUAAAGAUCUUAGCCAGAUCAACUCAUAGCUAAAUAUGUCCUUUGCACACACACACACAUACUCAGGCACAGCUGCACACUUCCUCAUUACAGAAACUGAUGUACUUGCAAGAGUUCCAUAUUUGAAAUAUCUCCAUCAUUUAUUUUUUUUUUAAUACUUCCUUUAUGCUCUCCACCCUCUAUCUGUCUGUCUUUGCUCAGGUCCCUACCCAGUCUUCUGUGUGCCCCCUGAGCGGAACCAUCCUGUGGCCCUCCAAACCAGUAUCGCCCUAGCUACAAAUCAAGAUGAAGAUGGAGACACGUAUGUUGAUUCUUUUAAAGCUGGAAUGUCUUCCUUGUCUUACGAUUAAAUCAUGCGUACCUUUAUCUCAUACCUCCAAGUCACUGAAGCGCACAGCGAAGUUAAAAUUGUCAUACGUUUUCAUGGUCAUAGCAGCCGUGCUGAUGAUGAAACAGGUCACAGAUCCUAAAUUGUGAUGAAUAUGUACACAGUCUGGAGAAGUUACAAAGCAAAUCUGACAUGAAGCUCGACGGAAAAGUUAUUCAUUUCCUCUUAAAAGUGGUAAUUGUGUACACUGAAGUCCAAAAUUGGUUUGUCGCUUUAGGGAGUGGACAACCUGAGUCAACCCAUAACAUGUUUUCCAAUUGUUUUUACUGGGAGGACAUAAUUCAGCACAUGAGUUACUUGAAGUAAUUGAAAUAUAAUAUCACAAUUAAAGAAACGGUGUUGGCACAAGUAGUUGGGAACUUUGAGGGUAUUUUUGCUGCUGUCUUGUCUCUACUCAUGCGUGUGUUUGCUGGUUUGAUAUUCAGGUUUGUCUGCCUCUGGUCUUUCCAAGCAGACAUUUACAUAAAUACUAGCAGGAAAUUUAAAAAUUCUAAUUAGCCUCAAAAUAGAGAAAGUCAACUAGGACAACAUUUUAGAACCUGAAGCUGGAGAGGCCAAAUGAAAUUCACUCAUUUGAGCUUCUUCCCUUUUUGACCUGUGAAAAUGUUAUGCAUGAAUAAGUUCCCUUGAUAAGUUUUAGCUGACGGUAAGAGACUGAUGUUGGCAUACUGCCUCCCUGUUGCUUUGAGUCUUACACUUCUCCAACUACAUCUCUGGGGAAACAGACAUACUAACAAUAAUAAAUGAAACCAUGCUUCACUUCUCACGUGGCUUGACCUAAACACCACCAGUGUCAAACGGGGCAGUUUGACCUGAAUAGCAAAGCUGCUUUGCACAACCUUGAUGUGGUUUAGGAGACGUCUACGUCAUCGCAGUUUAUUUGUUAUGGUGUCUGUGACUCACCUGGUUUUACAUAUUGUGCAGGUACAGUCAGAGCCCCUCUGGUAACCAGUUGAAUUCCGCACUGUCGUUUCACUUCCUAUCUGGGAUGCUGGUUUAUAGCAGAUCAGAAAUGAUUCACCAAACAGUGAUGGAGACUCGGACCUCACACAUUCACCUGGAAAAGCACUGGGGACUAGACAUGUGCAUUUGUUUGAGUGUGUGCAUUGAACAGGGUUUAAUUUUGAGCCCCCCUGUCCCCUAUGGAAUAACAUGGGAGGGGGUUAAUAAUGAGGGUUAUACAAACAAGACAGUCUGAAGAUCACAUGAAUGCAAAUAUGAAACUUUAACGCAUGGCUACUUUACUUUGUGUAAAGGUUUAACACCCUCCCACACACUAACUGAAAUGUCAAACUGAUGCGAAACACAAACACACACACACACGCACACACACACACACACACACACACACACACACACACACACACACACACACACACACACACACACACACACACACACACACACACAUGUAUAUACACACAGGCAUGUGACUGAAAGACAAAGCAUGUCCAAGAAUGAAGAGUGCUUUGAUGUUGAGGUUUCAAAAAGUCUCAGCAUCAUUUGCAUCCAUCCCAAACAAACCCGUGAUGACCAUGGAGCCAUGAGUCUCGUGAUAAGUCAUAGUUGCUCACUGUCCCAUAACUGCUGCUUCAGAGACUCAUGUUUGCUAUUACUGCACAGGCAACAUUGAAUAAAGGACAGUACUAUUUAUUAUUUCACCCUUAUUAUCUCCUUUUUUUUUUUUUUUUAAUAAUUGCUAACAAAAAUAUUUUUAUAUGUUUAUAAUGGUUAGAAUUUUCUAUAACAUGGUUUAUUUCAUUGUUAUGCAAAGUUGCAGGGCAGACAAAAGAGGGUAAAAGGACUAAUCUGUAACAUUUUUGAACAGCAGUGCGUAAAUGCACCGAACUGUGAAGAUACUAUCAUAAAAAUCUGUAUCGCAGCUUGGUUACUGGUUGACUGUAUGUUCUGUGGUUGUUUGAGACUUUGUGUGAAUUCUGCAGAAAAACACAUUCUUAGCCCCCCUGUCUUUUUCACACAGUCUACAUGAGUGUGUGUGUGUGUGUGUGUGUCUGUGUGUGUGUGGCAUGCAUAAUGUGAGUGAUGAUAAGCUCUUACGUCAAUCAGGGCGUUCAUCUUCAGUUCUCAUCGCCUCUGAGCCCCUUAGUUUCGGGAAAACCAGUGAGUGCUCAGUUUUUUGAACAUGUUUGUGGUUUUUUCAGGUGUCUCUGUCUCUCUCUUUUCUUCUCAGUGUUUUUUAAAUGAAUGGGCUCGAAAAACCCAAACAUCCGCUCCUCACUUCCUCAUUUACCGCUUUCUUUCUAUCAGCCUUAGCUCGAUCUCUCUCUCUCUCUCUCUCUCUCUCUUUUCUACAUAUGUGAGACCAGUGUAUAUGCACUUUUACAGUAAAAUGUCUCCUACAAUGCUGUUAAAGAGUACAAAAGCACUGGAAAUUUGAUGCAAAUGUGAAGUUACUGUUGCACUCAUAUUUUGCUGGUUACACAAUAUAAGCACACUUGCACAUAAUACAAAGUAUCUAGUCCAGUGAAAUAGGCAGAUACACAAAUUUAAUUGCAGGAAAGAAAUUGUCACUUGGCAACAGUCUAGUUCCAGUCCAGCAGCCAGGUUAUGCCAACAGAGCCAUAUAUAGUAUAUAUUUAUAUAUCCUUGUAUAACUGUUAUAUGAAACCUAUCAUGUAUAGGGUUGUACUGUAGGACUGUUGUGUCUUGUGCAUGUGUGUAUAUAACUUUGAUACUUGUUGCACAGUGUUGUUUAUUUGACACAAUCACAGAUGUGUAGAUAAUCUGUAUGUCAGAACUUCCUCUUGUGCAACACAGCUUCAUCUACAGCUUGUAUGAGGAAUUUUGGUUCAUGUCAGUUUUGGUGCCCCCUUUUGGCAAAAAUGGAACCUUUUCAUUCUCUGCUGGUUUUGUCCUGGAGCGUUUAGCCAAGUUCUUUUUUUUUUAAAAAGAAUCUCUUCCCAUAAAUUACUGCACCUGAAAACUACCCUGCAGCAACGUUUUUAGGAAGUACAAAAACAAAUUCUGAGAAACUGUCAGGUUGCCUGGUUUGUUGUACAGCUGUGGAGGAAAAAAUUUUAAUUUCACUCUUUCAUAGCUUCAAACUCCUAACAGGUACAGUGUGUAAUAUUUUGCGUACCGUAAUCAGAGGUGUGUUUAAAUUAGUUCAUAACCCCCAAAAUAAAUUUAAAAAAAUAUAUUUUUUAAACAUAGGAUGAGUCCUGUAUAGCAUUGUAAGUGGCAGGCCCUCUUCCACAUAGGUUGCCAUCUUGCACUGCCAUAUUUCUACUGAAGCCUUAAACAGACAAACUAGUAACAAGCGUGUUUUUGUAUUUAGUGGGUGGCGUUGCAAAGUGCACUUCUGGUUGGAGGAGAGCUGUUGUGUGCAAAAAUAUUUGUUAUAUUUGAAACUUGAUAAAAUGCGUAUCAUACUAUGUGUGUCACGACAGCUUCUUGUCCUCAGAGGCCACUGUCGGCUCACAGGCAGGAGGGGCAAGCAAGGGAGCAUUUCAAUCUAAAAUCUCAGCUCAGUGUUCCCAUCUCUACACAGUGCACCUUUAAGCAGGUAUAUCCACAAUGUUUGUUAGCAUGUUAGCAUGCUAAAUCUUACCAGCUGGUGCUUAAAGGCAUGGUUGAUGAUCUGAGAAGCAGUUGGAAAAAAAACUGAGCCGUUGAGACAGAUUUGAAACAAAGCAUCCCACCCCCCACAUACAAACCUCUCCCCUCUGUGCUUCAGGAUAACUGCCCCCCGAACCUGUAUUGCCCUCCCCAUGACACACCCCCUCUUGCAGAGCAAGAAGCCGGCCGGCAGAAGAUCCUAUGCUAGCUUCAAAUAGGAUUCACCUUGUCGGAUUGCUAGUGAGCGGCAGUAAACGCCAGCUCUGCCAGCAAGCACCGUCUGCAGCUGCCUGGACAGCUACUGUGUAGACAUUGCAAAGACUAAUAAGAGUUAUCUAUGUAACAUGUGUCACGAUAAAAGGCAAAAAAUACAUGUUCGACAUUUCCUCUUCUACUCUGCCCUUUUUUCUGUCAGCUUGCGUUUUCCUCCCACUUUUUUUUUUUUUCCGUCCUUCUCCAUCACAGCUCGUGUAGCUAGGCUGCUACGCUACUUUUAGCUGCUCAGAGCUCUGAGGAGGGCCGGAAGGGGACAAGUUGGCACUACUGGAGAGGGGUGUGUCAAAUACAGCGAGGUGAUUGGAUAGAAAGGCGGAGCAGGAGUUUGACCAAUAGGAGCUGUCCGGGACGGAUGGCUCCCAUUGGUCAAUGUUUUUGCAGCCCUGCACCUGCUCGGGUGAACAGAUUUUUUUAGUCUUUUUUCUCUUCACUUUGUGGAGAUCGGGACCAUGAUCGCCAUAUAAACGAGGUUCAUAAUAAUUACCAAUCUCUCCAAUUGUCAACUAUGCCUUUAAUAUUAAGUGCAGCACUGGGGGGUGAAAAUAUCAAAUGCCUUUUAAAGUUUUAACGAGAGUGAGACAUGGAGGGGUGUAGUCAAGUACAUGGGAGUUAUUUCUUCGGUUGUGGAGACAUGUCUUUAAAACUAUAAUUUUGGCGCUUAAAUGAAAGUGAGAAGAUCUUCAAGUCUUUAGGACACACUGUUGGGGCACCAUGAACAUGUUUGCAAAACUUUUAUUAAUCCAAGUAUUAUUGUGUCAUGUAGACCUCAAAAAGAGUUUGCUGGAGACUGACAAUGAGUUUGUAUGAACCACCAGAUUGUGUGUGCUGAUAAAAAUCAAAAUUUCACAUUGAAGUCGUCCAAGCAAUGAACUCAACUAUUGCAUCCAAAGUUGCUUGAAAGAGGAGCUGCAGAGGAACAUCUCACACUCAGAAACUUAGUAAACUAUGAACAGCUUGUUGGUCAAAGAGUGCAUGGCUACAAAUUGGUCUCUGAUAACUCUUAAAAACUGUAGGUGUUACUCAUGUGCUAAAUGUAUAUUUUUGUCUUAAAGGACGGCUCUUACAAAAUGGUAAACAUGCUUAUCCAGGUUUGCUUUAGUACAUAAUGCACUGAGAUACUAGCUGUCAUUUCUUGUUAACUAGGCUCUGGUGUCUCUCUGCCACUCUUUUGUUUAUGAUUCCCACACUCUUACACAUCACCUCGUAGCUCAGCUGGUUUUUAGACCACAGUACAAAGCCGGUUGCAGUCUGAUUACCCAGUUUGGAGAACCUUCACUCUACAUACCAGAAAGUACAACACACACCUCUUUGCCUUUCUCUCUCUCACUCUCUCUCUACACACUCACACAUACACACACAGACACACACACACAUGCGCGCUAGGUCAAUCAGCUCUGUUGCGGCGAGCAUGGGACUCCUGUCUGCGUCAAUGAUGCUGCGCUUGGGGUUAUCUGGGGCUGUGGUCUGCCCCACUUCCAGGAACAAGAAACAGUACGGUUUCAUCUGAAGUGAAAAAGAGAGAGAUGGAUACAGAAUGAAAUAGUACAAAUAGAGAGUCAGCAUAACUGUAUACCUAUUAAAGGCACAUACAGAUAUAGCAGUGAGAGAUGAGCUCUGAUUCAUUUGUUUUUAAGAUCGUGAAGCACAGAACAAGAGGCAUCUACUGAGUCUGAGGACAGAGUAAAUCAUGAUUAGUCUCUCCAAUCUGUGUCUGAGUUAUUGUUGACACAGCUGGGGUGUUUUAUAGGAAGUUGAUAGUGUGUACAGUAAAAAUAAUAAAUAGAUGCUGAUACAGAUUUGUUCAGUUACUGUAACAAGGCUAGCUGAGGAAAGACCCACAGCACACACUCCUGCUUUAUAGCGCAGUUCUGCUUUUUUUUCCACCAUAAUGAAAUGUCAGGAGUGAAUCAUUUGAUAGGCUGCACAUUUAGCUUGGACUUUUUUUUUUUUUUUUUUUCAAAAUAAGGGUUGAAAAUGCUUGUUCAUGCAACCCAAAAACAUAAACAUGCAUGCAGAGUUUAUCCAGCUCUGCCCUUUAACGAACUGGUUUUUAAUUGUUUACAUCGACAGCUGUAGUGCCGUUAGUUCGCAACCGCCAUGUGAAGGUUGGCUCAUGUUGUGCCUCAGUUUGGCAAACCACAGGUACUACUCUGUUUAUACUUGCCUUUGUAAAACUUAAUGCUGCGAUGUCUGAAUCAGAACUAUGAAAAGGCUGAUAGACAGAUAGGUAGAUAGAUAGACAAGAACAGACAGACUGAAACAUAGAUAACACAGAUUGAGACAAAUUGAUAAAUAAACAUAAAAGCCCCAAAACAUGCAAUGCACAUAUAACAUUAUUGCAAUAACUGUGAUUUUCCCACAAUCUUGUUCUGAUUAAAUGUGCAGGGAAGUGUAGUUUUUAUGUCUAAAUGAAGGUCUUUUAGUUUUCUUAUAGAGGUCUUUAAUCUUUUCAACAGGAAAUUACAGCUCUUAAUGAUUCCAUGUUAGUGGGACACAUCUCUGAGAGGAAUUGAUGCAAGUGCGUCUGUCAAUGUAUGAACUAAUUGUCUGAUAUUUAUUUUCUUUUUUUUUUCAAAGGUAGUUUAAACUUCUCAAGAAACGUCCCUGUUUCCUGUCUCAGGCUUGUGCUGUUUGCCUGCCUUUGACUUCUCCAUCAGAUGAAGCUGACUGAGUGAGCACCUAGAGAAAGCCCCUGUUAGAAACCAUAAAGCUUCAUGGCUGGAUUUCACAGCAAACACAGAAAGAUUAAGAAUGCUGCCAUUGUUACUGACAACAGGAAGUGACACAAAAGCUAUCUGACUGUUACUGGAAGUCUCUGUUAACUGAUAAAUUGAAAAAGAAAAAUGUGAAAAACGGCAACACCCAUUUCUACAACAUACCCUCCCCUUGGUAGUUUUCUACCCUGUCCUCAACUUUGGCCUACACUUGUUCUUCCCCUUCAGGUAGAAACCUCUGAUAGUGGUUUCCCUUUAGUCUUGAUAAGAACAUGAUAAGCACAAUGUGAGUCAUGCCUGUACAUCUGUGGAGCUUCUCCGCACAACUGUCACUCGGAUGUUCUUAAUCAAGUCAUUGAGUUCACCUUGGAGCUUAUUUGUCCACGUUAUUUUUUAUUUUUUCAACCCAAAUAAGCAGUUUGGAUCGGUUAGUUAAAGCAGAAUGGGAUAACUCCUCUUUAAACAUGAGCACUGGGUACAAUUGAAAGCUAGCCUCUUCUGUCUGAGGGCAGCAACCUCUGCUUUGGCAUUUACUCGCAGAUCAAGAGCGAACUCAUGAACAUGUUGCAACUUUUUACCUUACGGCUGGUACUCUGCAUUUUUUUUAAUCGAAAACUGUAUUUAUAAAUAACAGAGAAAGCAACAUGUCAUAGUUAGGUAUGUUGUCCAUACAGUUUGUGUAUACAGUAGCCACCAUGGAGGCUGAAGGUUGAUCAAAGCAGCUUUAGAGGCACUUUAGUCAUUGAGACUGUUGCAUAGGAAGCACCAGUACCUCUGUGUUCAUCGCACGAAAACUAAGUUCUGGUUCGUUUUCUACUGAGGUCAAAUCUUGUUUCUGGAAUGCAGUGUGUCAGUUGGUGGCAAUACCAGUGAAGCUUUUUCCUCUCUAUUUUAGCUGUAUUUGUGAAUUAUCCUUUUGUCUUUUUGAUUGCAGGGCUCUACACAUAGCUGUGGUACAGGGGGAGCAUGCCAUGGUCUGCAAACUGAUCGAACUUCUGCUGCUGGCUAACAGAAGUCUGGACAUUUACAACAACCUCCGCCAGGUAAAACACAUGCACCGUGAAAACAUACAUGACAACACAUUUCUGUGCUUAACCAAGACUAAAGCAAACACUGGGCUUUAUUUUUGACCCACAUCCAACCUUUGCACAAAUUUAAGCCUUAAUAAGAUUCAGUUAGGUGGUCACUGAACAACUCCUGUAUGAUUUCCACAGGUAAACUAAAUUCACUGCUAUGACAUCUGGCAUUCAAUUUGGGAGUUUGUGGACUGUAAUUCACAUAUUGUCAGGCUGGGGUGGUCAUUCAAGGAAUGGCUAUUUUUUCAACGUGUCUUCGUCCCUUUUUGUUCCUAAGAGGUUGCAUAUAUUUCUAUUUCUUACCUAUUUUAUGUUUUUAUUUCGGUCCUCUUGGUCUCAUUUUAUGUUGCAUGGUUCUUGUAUUGUCUGGGUUCCUUAUGACAUAUCAAAUUGGCUUCAAUUCUGAUUUUGAUUGUCUUUAUUUCCAUGUGCUUUAAGAGUAUUAGUUAAAGCACUUUGUAAACUUCUGUUUUUAAAAGUGCUUUAAAAUUAUUAUUAUUAUUAUUAUUGUUGUUGUUGUUGUUUUUGUUGUUAUUAUUAUUAUAUAUUUUAUUAUUAUUAUUAUUAUUAUUAUUAUUAUAUGUGCACACAUGUCUGCACAUUGCAGUUUGUAAGGCAUGAGCAAUUGGUUGCCAUUUUUAAUGUGGCACCAAUUCAAUCAUUAACCAAAGUUUGUAUGUAUUUCUCAGCAUCACCUGGUGCAACAGAUGAGUGAAAGAUGUAAAGUUUAACAGGGGACUUCUACUUGGCCAACCACAGCACGACAUGUAGAUACAGUCCCCCGCUUCACAGUUCUGAUAACAGUAACAUGGAAAAGAAUGAAAGAGGAAGUGCCUUGGUUUCCUCCUUGCCUUGUGCUGCAUUAUCACACGCUCUCUUCCAGUCAUGGUGACUGAUGGUUAUGUAGUGGAAUUCACCCUUCCUAGUUCUCCACCUGUACUUGCCGCAAGACAAAGCCACAUUCAUGCUGGAAAGGACGAUAUGUGUUUUCUAAUGUUCUCUUUGCAGAACGUGACUCCCGUGAACUCUCAUGAACCCUGAACUCAUAUCUCAUGGCGUGGCUUUAACAACAAGCACAUGAACAAACAGGAUAAUAUGUUAGAAAUUGAAAACACACCAUUUUUCAUUAGAAGCCUAACUGAUAACUGGCUUUGUUCUUUGUGUAUGAAGAGUUAAACCGGCAUUCUUCAUCCGGGGGUAACAUAUAUAAAUGGACAAAUGAACCCAAUGAACUGUUAUAGUUUUGACCUUUUUAGUAAAAAUGACUGUCUUUCAAUGCUUUUUGUUUAAAGGAAAGGGAAAAUACAUUGUCCUGUUAAAGAAUGAGUACAAGAAGGUGUCUUUGAGUGUUUCCCAAUACAGGGUUGUCCCAGCCACUGGCCGCUGGCCAACACUUGCACGUUCUUUUCCGCUCUGUUGUCUCCAGCUCCUCGCCCUCCUGCUGUGCAUCCUGCCAGCUUUUUUGUCUUUCAUCCUUCGACAAAGACAGCACCUGAGCCCUGCAGCGUCGUAGUUCUCAGACUGGGGUUUCACACCACACAGGACACCACCGGUGCGCUUACCAGAAAUAACGCUGGCGCUAUCAUCAGUUGUUGUCUUUCCUCAUUGCUGAGGCUUGACAGCAUAGGUUUUGUGAUAUCCUGUGUGUGAAGAUGCAUGCACGCAACACUGAUACACAAACAGCUUUUUCACACACACGCGUAUUUUGCCAUUUGCAGUUAUUACCAAAAGGAGAGACUUUCUGGCACAGGUCUUCUGUCAUUAGCCAGCGUAUACUCCAGUGUGGUUUCAGCUGAACAGAACUAGAAGGGCAAGGAAAUUUUAUUUAGCUAAAGAAACAUUUCACUAGACAGGUCCCACCACAUUUUUCUGCCGCUUGUCAACUUCCUACUGACAGCAAAAAAAUUAAAUACAGCUUUUCCAAUAUUGAUGACGAAUCCCGAGUUUCUGUGGUUUUACAUAUGGAACUUUCUGACAGGGUGUUACUAUCAGUACCUUAACUGAACAAUAAUGCAAGUGUAAGUGCUUGAUUUCUCUUCCACUCCAUGAACUUCUAAGAUGUUAUGGAGACACAUCUGUUUGAUACUCCCACACUGGUCAUGCUGUCAGUGUAACUUCACAAACACACUCUUUAGUAGCUGCUCUUGCCAGUGUAUGGUGUAGUGUAUGACACUGAAACGAGAGGGUUUUUGGUUUUUAGUCCCCGAGGACCACCCACACAAAAACAUGCACAUAUGUUCAUGUGCUUUAUGAGUAACAGCUACAGUGCAGUUUGCAAAAUAGUGUGCAACAGUUUAAAUUUAUUAUGUAUUUUCAGUGAAGUAAUGAAUUUUACAGUUUUUCAGUUUUCUUUUUGCAUGCAGGUGGUGUGCUUUUAAUUUCAUUUUUGUGUAAGUGCCUGUGUCUUUGUUUGCAUGAGUGUCUGUGUGUGAUUGUGUGUGCUUAAUAUUCUUCUUCCGAGAAGUCACAUGACUCCCCGCUCAGGGCUGUUUCUCACCAUACCUUGCUGAGGUUCACAGGGUAGUUUACAGGGACUUUCCCUUCCUGCUCGCCCGCUCUCUCUCUCUGUCUCUCUCUCUCUCUCUGUCACUUCUGUCUCUCUUCCGUAUCUCUUACUGCAUAUCAGUUGGUUUCCUAAAUAUAAAUUACAAUGUGGCUGAUUCUAUCAGCGUAACUGUGAACGUCACUGAAGUAAGAGUGUGUGAUCAUUAUUCACGCAACAGCUGAAGCUUGCAUAGUUCACCGCAGAAAAACAGCCAAUCUCAUAGAGCUGCCUUCCACCUCGCUUUGUAUUUGGCACUGCUUACAGCCUGAGGGCAGCACUCCAUGCCCAGAAACCUCCUCUCUUCUCAUCUUUUCAUCUCCUUCAUGUUGAUCUGCUCAUUUUGCAGGAAUGCAAGUGUGCGAGGACAGACCCAGGGGAAAGAGAAGGGAUUUUCCCUUGUGAUCCCGUCUUUCCCCUGAACUCCCCGCUGCUGCUUCCGUCUCUUCCUCAUUCCUCAGUCCAACCCCCACCCCCCACACCCCCUUCCUCUUAUCUGUGCUGGAUUUUUUUGUUUUAGUCACUCUGAGGUCCCUUACAGGAACCCACAACUAGACCCUGCCAACUCUCCCCACUAAAGAGGUCCAUUUUGGAGACCUUAAAAGGCCGUCGUGUGGAAGGUCAUUUUUUAGGUUUCGUAAGGGGUUUCAUAAAUUUCAUCACAGCCGUCUGACGAAAAUAGAAGGAUGGGCCCUUUUGUUGAAGAAAGGAGUGCUGGUUUUAGGAAGUUAAAAGACUUAAAUUUUUCUGUGAAGUAUAUUGUGUGAGUGUCUGUGUGCAAUUAUGUGUGUGUUGUUUUAUCUGUGUGUGUGUAUGAGUCACAGGAUUCAGGGAAACGGGAGCUAAAGGGAAGAACGCUGGCAUUGACACACUUGUGGAAUUCCACAACAACGCUCUCCCACCGCUUGACUGUCUUCUUUUUUUUUUUAAUUGUCUUUACUGGAACAAACCUCCACUAAACACACACACACACACACAGACACACACACACAUCUAUGCACGCACACACACACUAUAUACAGUACUGUUACAGCAAAAAUGAAACUUGGAGCAACCACCCGUUCCUGAUUGGUGUGUUUAUUGUGUAACCUUAAAGAAGUUAAAAAUUCCAGAUUAAAAGACUUCCCUUUACGACUGAACUUCUGGAUUGCUUUAUUUAAACAGGGGUUGUCAGAGCCCUCCAUGACCACAGUUGACAUAAUUAUCAACAGGAUGAUACAUGCUUACCUCACCCAAAAGAACAUCCUAGAUUGCACAAGUGAUUUCACUCAGCACUUCCAGGAAAGCACCUGGUUAAGUGUGUGUAAUUUUUGUUUUCCCUGCACUUGCAGACUGUUGUUUGUCUCUUGGAGCUGGUUCCUCCUUGUUUUGGAUAAAUCACAUGGUCUCAUGAUGAUUGGUUUGUUGCUGUUGUCAGUGUUUACUCUAUGGUGCAAAGGUCUCCUCACUAACAGGCACUUUGAUUUGAUUGCUCACAACUGAGUAUUUUUGGCAUUGUGUUAGUCUGUGCAUGUAUUGUGUGUUUGUUUAUACAUGGAAAUUGUCACGUAGUACCUGUGCCAGUAUGUCACGUUCUCAUGAUGUGUCAUAAAAAUAAUCCUCCAAGACGUGGUUCCUUCUUUCUUUCAGGCGUUGGUCUGUUCUUACAGCAGUUGUUUUGUCAUGUAUCUGACCUUUAACCUGUAGAACAGGUUAUAUCGAGACAAUUGCAUUGACAAGAAGUUCCUCAGACUCCACUUUCAAGAUCAUGAUGAUUUGGAGAUUUAAUGAAUCGUCACUUUCCCUUUUUGGUGUUUCUGCCGGUAAAAAUAAAUUAACCCUAGAACACUAUUGUCGGGAGAUUUUGUUUUGUUUUGAACAUGUUUACGUGAUUUUCAUUAUGUUGCGUUUGUCUGAGUAUCAUGGGUCUCUGGGUAGCUUCAGCAUUGUCUUUGACAUCUUUGAAGGCGUAUUUGUUUCCCUGAUCCAAAACCUGCUUUUUCCUACUUUUUUGCACGUGUUCAGGUGAUUUUCACUCGGCAAUAGUGAUAGAGGGUAAAGUAGGUUUGGGUGGAUUUGAUAGCUGCAUGUAGGCGAAUAAGGUCAGUAAGAGUGGUCCUGGAAUUUACAUGCUAUCUUUAUUUAUUUUUGAAUAUCUACCUAUCACAAAGUAGUGAUUUUCAAGGGAAUUCAUAUGGUGAUAGAAAUAUUUUAGUCAGCUGUUUUUUUUCCUCCUUUUGGACACUGCACAGUUAAAAUAAAAGAAAACUACUUUAAUUUGUCAUGUAUUGUCCCAUUUUGAUAUAUUUUUAUGACAAGGACUUUUCCUUGGGUAUAUUAUUUCAGGUAAAAAUCACCCGGCGAUAGUGACGGUGUUACUUAUUUUAGCGAUAGUGUUCUAGAGUUAAAGGAAACCAUGUUGGGUUUGUUUGCUUUUUGGGAGAUCAUGUAAUUUUCAGGUAUUUAUAGUUUACAUGCAGCUACAGAUGGUUCACUUAGCUUAGCGUAAAGACACCAAACAGAGGGUAGAGGCUGGAGAUGGCUCUGUCACCCCCUACCCACACAAAGCAUAUAGAAAAUGAAAGGUAAUACUCAAGCCCGUAAAAUACGGAUUUUUUUAAAUACUAUUUUUUUCUGUAUAUUAUAAACAAUGUGUGGUUAUCUGGUAGAUAGAUUAAGGUUUAUUUACACCGGUUUCCAGCUAACUGUUAGCUCCUUUUGGUCUCGCUAAACAAGCAGUAAUCUCUGAUGUUGAGAAAUGAUGCCAGUGUGGGAGAACAAAAACUAAAGAAUUCCCCAUUUGGACCAACAUUAAAAUAGCCAGACUUGAUACAAAAAGGGUUUUGGUUUCUGUUGUUCAACUUUUCAUUCAUCCUUCAUUUGAUUUCUAAUAAGGCCAAGAGUUGUGGUUAGCUUACAUAAGCAGGGGUGUGGCUGACUGGACUGAUUGUUGUCUGAGUUGUUUAUCACAAACUGAGUUUCAUUUAGCUUGCUUCAAUUUUUGUGAGAUAAGCUAAAAGUUGUUUGGAGUCAGCAUAUCCAGCAUGGUGACUACCUUUAUAGGGAGACUAAGUCCAUAUAUCUAACAGGCUUUGUUUGUACCACCAGAACUCAAGAUCUUGGAUUUCCAGUGUUUUAUAAGCUUUUUCUGAUCAGAACAGCAAAACUCAGAUAGAUGCUUGUUUUAAAAGGAGGGCCUCUUUAGAAACAAGAGCUCUAUCACUAAUUUUAAGAGCCUGGAAUGAUGUUCCCGAGGACAGUGGAGAGUGGGGGCAUUGUUCAGCAGUAGCUGGGAAUCAGACUCUCUGAAUACCAUCUUGUGUGUACUUCAGUGUGAAAAAUGAAAAUCUAUUUCAAGAGACCGAGUAUUGCACUUUGUGGUAAUGGACCUGAAUACACUGGUUUGUCUAAACUGUCAUCUUUGCUUUCAUCCUCCCUCACAGACGCCCCUUCAUCUGGCGGUGAUAACCCAGCAGGCAAAAAUGGUGGAGAAUUUAUUAAGAGCAGGGGCCGACCCUGCUGCCUUGGACCGCAACGGCCAAACAGCGCUCCAUCUCUGCUGCGAAUACGCCCAUCAUGACUGUCUGUCAGUUGUGCUCCCUUUCUCCUUGUCCCCUAUAUGUCUGGAGAUCAGAAACUUUGACGGUAAGACAUGGUUAUGCUAAAGAUGCUCCUUGGUGUACACUGUGCUGAAAAUGCAUCCGACAAAUAAAGAUCUGAGUUGACUCAUAAACUCUUUUAAGGAGUUGUUAAAUCUGGCAAAGCUAUGUUAUUCCAGUAACUUCCUUGAAUUUACUUAAUGAGGACAUGCAAAGUCGUUCUCAAAGACCAACAACUUCAGUAAAUACACUUUGCUGCAGUUUAUUUAAUGUGAAACAAUAAGACACCAUCAGAAAUAACUUUUCACAUAUACAACUGCAUUUCUGAUUGAGUUUAAUCCUCAUCCAAGUACUGUGAAUGCUUAAAUAACACUAAUUUUCAAUAUUCUGAUGUAAGACCAAACAGUACGUACAGGAUAAAGAGAUAUGAACGCUGUGAACAUAGUGAGAUUGUGCAGGUUGUUUUUUGUAUUUUGGCAGGAAGAGAAGAAGCCUUUGACUCCUCUGUGGUCUACUUUAGUGUCACUUGGCCACAACUCCACAGUACGCCUCUGAUGUCAUAGCGCAGAGACAUAUUUAGCAUAAGAGCAGCAAGUCUGGCUACAGGAGAAAGCCCCCGAAAUACGCACAGGCUCCUCUCUCCCCACAUUAAUUAUUAUCUUAGGGGGAGCAGGGUUUGCUCAGACAUCAGCUCUAACAACAUUAUAUAUUUGCACCAUGCAAAUAACAAAAUCUACUUAUUGUUGAUCAUGGCGUAGAUCCAGAAGGAUCUUCUCCAGGUCAAACAAAAGAAAAUACAGCAGGACUUCAUGGUCAGGUGUUCUAGCAUCAUGCACUGUCUCAGAUCCUUAACACUGUCAAUAUGUUUAUCUUUUUUUUACACUAAAUGGUGAUGCUAUGUAUCUUUUUACAUGUUUCACUUCAUUCUAACAUGCAAAGAAACAAAAUAUAGAAGCACGAAAAGGAAUAAAAUAGCACUAAUUUAAACUACACUUACCUGUUUAAGUUGACAUACCAAAGAAACAUCAACCAUCAUAUCAGAUUUUUCUUGUACCUUGAUAAGCAAAACGACACACCCUUAACAAGUAAAAGGAAGUAACAAUACAAUAUGACUACUUCUCUGGUAUACAUUUCCAUAUUUUUAGUUUUGUGAAGCUGUUCUGCCGAAAUAAAACUUGUUUUGUGUACAGAAACCUAGUACUGACAUUUCUGUGUAUAUUGCACAGUAUACAGUAUACUUUCUUGCUUGUCUGUGAGAGUUUAUCAUUAGGAGAGGUCGAAUAUUUACAAACUGUUUCCUGCAGAAUGUGAGAGGACUCAUUCAACUUGGGUUUAUGCAUCCUGUGUGUUUCCAUAUGUGUGCCUGCAUGUCUUUGUUGUGACACACUUGUUUUAUUUGUCUGUGUUCUUAGGUUUGAGCGCUCUCCAUCUGGCUGUGCUGCAUGGCCAUGAGGGCUUGGCCAGAAUGCUGAUAGAUGCGGGUGCUGACAUCAAUGCUAUGGUCAGUUCCUUUUGCUGACUUGUGUCUGACGAAGUUUCAGAACAUCACAAAAUUUCAGAUUUACCGUCUCUGAGUUCUCUGAAUUUUCCCAUGGUUCUUUUUUCCCCUCUAAUCAGGAUGUAAAAAGCGGACAGAGUCCCCUCAUGCACGCGGUGGAGAGCAAUAACGCAGACAUGGUCCACUUCCUCAUUGAGGUAAUACUGGUGUGUGGGCAGGGAGGAAAGAAGGGGGGAAGGGUUGUGACUCAGCUCUCUUUGAUAAUUCUGGUUUUCUCCUUCCAACUUAAAAUACACUCUGGGUGUACUUUUCUUUCUAGAUAAGUCAUGUAAAGAAAUGUACCAACAAACUUGAAGCUUAGUUUGUUGUUGUAACUUAGCAGAUGUGGUGCACAUGGGCAGAAUUAAGUUUUCUCCAACCUUCUUCUCUCCUUUUAAAGCAUUAUUAUUCCUUCACCUCCCAUCUGAUCUGACCCUCUGUACGGCUCGAUCUUAUGUUUCACUUUUCAUGCUGAACUGCGUCUGCUCUUUCUGCCUGUGUGAAUCAUAUGUGUGUCAACUUCUUCAUUUUUUUUUCUGUUGCAGAGAGGUUCCGAUGUUAACGGCCAGUCAUACAGCGGGAACACAGCUCUGCACAGUGCCUGUGGUCGAGGUCAGGUGGACACGGUGCGGUUGCUGCUGAAGAGCGGAGCUGACAGUAGCCUCAAGAACUACCACAAUGACACCCCUGUGAUGGUGGCUAAGAACAAGAAAGUAAGCAAAGAAAGAACAUGAAAAAGCCUAUUUACAUAAUGAAGCAGGCCUCUUUGCUGCAGUAUUUGUUGUAGCCUUUUGUGAUGUAAAAUAAUGGAAAAUCAACUUUAUCUGCUACUUCUGUGACUCCAGAAACAGUGACAUUUGUUUAAGGCAGAACAACAUUAAUGUCAAGAGCCAUGUAAGAAAAAAAUUUGUCUUUUCUGCCCUCUAGAGGUUGAACAUAAGGGGUGCAGCAAUGUUAUCCACCAAUGUUGUAUUCUUUAAUUACAUUAGGUCAUGCACUUUUAAUCCUUUGCAGAUAUCAGAUGUGUUGCGAGGGAGAGGCUCCAGCCAGAUACGAGUCCAAGAUCAACUCUCUGUCUCUAACUCACCACAUGGGAGCAACUUAACAGAGAUUGGUAAGGACAAGCCCUGGAAGAAAAUAAGUGCCUCUAAAAAACCAGGUUUGUAACCAGUACUUUUUAACCUGUCUUUUAGGGUCCCCAUCUCCCAACCACAGUCAAGGAUAUUCACCUUCAACGACCCCACACAUCUCUUAUCAUAGCAACUCUCACUCUCCAAUGACUCCAUCUACACUUGUACAGCAGCCAAACUUUUAGCUCUAAGUUACUGUACGUCCAGAACAACUUUCGGCUACCUCUACAGAGCUGACCAAAGGAGACUCAGUGCCAAAGAGGACAUCUGGGAGAAGGUUUGGCCAAUGGAAUGAUGGACUACUAAAGACUGCAGUGGAAAUAAGACACUUCUACAUGUUGGCCAUCUUUCCCUGGACUCAGUGAAGACAAUUUGUUCCACUCCUCGACUGGAUUUUGAUGCCUGGGCUGAGCGUGUUUAUACUCCGGCUGUUGUAUCCAAAUUGGUGAUGUACAAACUGUUGUGCAUAUCAGCCAGGUCUCUGCGCCCAUAAAUGCUGCAAUCGUUUUAACAUGCAAAUGAAGGCAAACAAAGAAAUCACAUCAAUAACUUUUUCUGUACUUUGUGAAAUGCCUUCGAAUGCUGGACUUGGGCCUGAAUGUUGUGAACUGUGGGGACAUUUGAAACAGUGUUUUUGUCUGUGUUAUUUAAAAGAAAAAGACAAGGAUAAAACAAGAAAUGAAGUGAAUGAAAAGGGGGAGAGAUUACAAGCAUGAUUGUAGUCACCUGUAAAAUGUGUGUACAGUUUGCUUGCUUUAAAGGGAUAUUCCGGCGUAUUAAUUCAGGGUGAAACACACAGUUGAACCAAGUUAGACACUUCCCUCUAGAGAUGAAUGUUGCCAACCAAUUGCUUCUCUAGCUAUACCAACUUUAGUGACCGCAGGAUAGCAAUACACAUAGACCUGAGGAGCUAUAAACAAACCUCAACCAAAACGCCA